UUAGCCCCUCUCUCCCCACCAGAUGACUGUCAGUGCGCAUUUCCCAUUGGCAAGAGGGAGUGAGAAGUAAACAGAGGAGAGCGACAGGGAAGGAGGAGAGUGUGUGAGAGAGUGAAGGAGUGAGUGUGUUACAGCGGGAACAGCGUGAGAAGCAACUUCACCGGGGUUUAUCACCGCGCACUGGCGGAGACGAGAGAUCGCCUCAGAGCGGAAAGUGGACUGUGUGGAUGAACGACACCGACUGAAACGCUCGUUCACUAAUGGACUGUUAGGGAGCGUGAGAGGUGAAAUCUGUGCCUCCGUGACGUGGAAACGGACACUGGAAAAGACGCUGAUGCAGAGGGGAAAGUUACCAACUAUGGAUGAGCAUUGUUAACAAAGACUUUCCUCUCCUUUCGGACCUUUCAAAGCCAUUGCUUCAACACUGGAUGCUUUUAUAGACGAUCCCAGCGCGCUUGUUCGUCCGGUGAUAUUCCGGUGCCGCCGCGGAGGACCGUACCCAGCUCGGAGUGAGUGAAUCCAUCCACGCAACAAAACAAGCGGUCAGAGCUACAAUGACGGCGUUAUACCUCAUCUUUUGCCUUAUGGUCACAGCAGCCACCCAAGCAGCCUACUUCUCCCAGCAGCCCCAGGACCAGGUGGUCGUAUCCGGCCAGUCUGUGACUCUGCCUUGUGUCAUUGUGGGAUACCGGGGAAUGGUACAAUGGACCAAAGAUGGCCUGGCACUGGGUGGAGAAAGAGAUCUACCAGGCUGGACGCGCUAUUCCUUAAUGGGCGACCCGCUAUCAGGCGAGCACAGCUUGCUGAUCGAUUCGGCAGAGUUGGCGGAUGACGCUGUGUACGAGUGUCAGGCUACUCAGGCAGGACUGCGCUCCCACCGUGCCAAGCUCACUGUACUAGUUCCUCCUUCAGACCCAAUGGUGGAGGGCGGCCCUGUUGUUCGUCUUAAGGCCCACACACCGCACAACCUUACCUGCAGAGCCUCAGGAGCCAAACCUGCUGCUGAGAUCACCUGGUACAGAGAUGGAGAGGUCAUGGAGACGGCGAUUUAUUCCAAGAUGCUACUGGAGGAUGGGAAAAGGGAGUCUGCUGUUAGUAUGCUUCCAAUUGUCCCUGAAGACAGCGACUCAGGACGCACCUACACCUGCAGAGUUCUUAACCCAGCUGCCCCCGCUGGACGGCAGACAUCAAUUACAAUCAAUGUCCAGCACCCGCCUUCAGUGACUCUGUCAGUACAGCCUCAGACUGUGACAGAAGGAGCCAAGGUUCUCUUCAUCUGCUCUGCUUCGGCCAACCCUGAAAUCACCGGAUACAGGUGGUCUAAAGGAGGAGUUCCCAUCUCUGAAGCAAAUGGGGACAGCCUGGAGGUGACGGUGGAUUACUCCUACUUCACAGACCCAGUCUCCUGUGAGGUUUCCAACUCUGUGGGCAGCACUAACGUCAGCACUCUGGUCGAUGUCCAAUUUGGCCCUAGACUGCUGUCAGAGCCCAAGCCAAUGACGGUGGAUAUUGGUAUGGAUGCUGCUUUUACUUGUGCCUGGACUGGAAACCCUCCUCUGACCCUGGCCUGGACAAAGCACGGCUCUAGCGUGGUGCUCAGUAACGGUAACACCUUGCAGCUGAAGGCUGUUACCCAGGAGGAUGCUGGAACAUACACCUGCAAGGCUAUUGUACCUCGGAUUGGAGUUGCAGAAAGAGAUGUUACUCUGACUGUAAAUGGCCCUCCUAUCAUCACAGCAGACGCCACACAGCAUGCUGUCAAGCACUCCAAGGGCAAGCUAGAAUGCCGGGUUGGAAGCAGUCCCCCGCCUGAUAAAAUUGUAUGGACCUUUGGUGAUAUGAGCCUGUCCUCUGGUUCCUCGGGUCGUUACUCUGUGCAAACAGUAACUAGCAGCUAUGGUGUUGUGUCUUCUUUGGUGCUGUCUGAGACGCUAGCGCAAGAUUUCCAGCUGCGCUACAACUGCACCGCAUGGAACCGCUUCGGCACUGGCACCGCCCUGGUCACGCUGAAGGAGCAAGAAGCCCCGCCAAUGCUGAUAAUUGUUGGUGGAGCUGUGGGUGGAGGCUGUGUCCUGCUCAUCUGUGUCAUCACUCUGGUGUCCCUGUGCUGCAGGCACACAGGCAAAGGUGAGCUCAACGGCAAAAGGUGCACUCGUCUCUCCAAGAGCGACAUCAGAGUUCAGAUUGUUCACAGCGAUCACAACGCUACACGUGGCAACGAUGAUGAGGAGGAUGUCAAAGAGCCCAUGGCUCCUAACAGCAGCGAGUCUCCUGGGACGUCCCGCACAGAACACAGUGACCUCCUUGAAGAGGAGGAGGACGAGAGAUCGGACAUCAAGGACCCCACCAAUGGCUACUACAAUGUCCGAGGCCAUGAGGAUCGCCACAUCCGUAGCAGUGGAUUCUCUGAAUACGUGCCCAAUUCUCGACCAGUCUACACUCCAUCCCAGCUCCCCUCCCCCAGCCCAAUUUAUGGUCAGCACGGUAGCCAGCCCCGCAUUUAUGACUUCUCCCAACGAUACGCUACAACCACAGCGGGCAGAACCGCUUACGAACAGCAGCAGGCGGCCCAGCAGCAGCCUGCCCAACCAGCCAGCAUCUAUCCAACAGAUCCUGUCUACAGUGGCUCUGCCUAUCUGCCUGCCACCUACGGUCGCGCCUUUACCAGUUACGUUAAGCCCGCCUCCUAUGAGAAGGUGGAUGCCUAUGACCAAUCGGACCAGGCAAGCAAGGUGUCCAGCUCGUCUCGCUUCUCUUAUGCCUCGUCACAAGUGUCCUCACAGCAGUCUGACUAUGGACGGCCUUCACAGCGGAUGCAGACGCACGUCUGAUUGGACAAAAAAUGGGGAAAAAGUGCGGGAGCAGUGAGUAGAUAGCCAUUGUCACCUCCACAUGUAUGUGGCUUGACUAACAUGAACAGACUUUUCUUCACUGGGACGGUCCUUAAGGGACAUGUUGGAUCGCAUUUGGAGGAAGUCGAAUUUAGGUUAUGGAUUAACCUUGCUUUGUUUGUUGGGAUGGGUAGUGGGAUCUGCGCUAAUGCUAACUGUGGAGCUCCUGAGCUGGAGAAUUCAGCAGAUUAUGAUGUUCAAGUAAGACUAAUGAUUACAGUUUGAUACCUCUUGAGGUUAUCUCUACGGGAUGACCAUCCAAACCUGGGGAGAUAGUCUGUCAGAUUGAGGGCCAAUGAGAAAAUGAAUCAAAAGCAUCUCCUGAAUUUGGGUGGCCAAAAUGACUGGGGUAGCUGUUUACCUGCCUUCCAGAGUUUACUUUGUGUCAAUGCUAAAUGCUAAAAUACUUUGAAAGAACAAAUGACAAGCUAAGACACAUUUGAGGAAAAAACAGCCUAUUGUUGUCUGUCAUUUGGUGUUUUGUUGGCAUGCGAAAGGAAUUCUAAGCACAUUUGUUUCUCUAUCAUCAACAUGAGACUGAGCUAUCCACAGAGACAGACAUGAACUGUUCUGCACAACAGGCUAGCUCGACCAACCAACAAGUGCUCCAGGCACUGUACUAUAAGAAGAGUCUAAUCAGCGGAGGAAUACUUCUGGCCUGAGCUGUAUUCCUGGAGCCACUCCUGAUUAUAACCCUAACACGUUGGACUUAGCAGUAUUGCUCACAGGUGGAGAAAAGAAGGAGACAUGAAGAGAAUGUGUGUUUUACCUUCAUUUUAAUGGAGGUCUUUAUGUUAACUGUGUGUUGUACCAAGAUGGACAAGGCAAGGCCAUGGAAACCCAAAGAUGGUGGUAAUUUUAAAGGGUGAAAAACGGGCUGAGGUUGAAAACUACUGUCCUAGCCCUGGUACUGUUUUCUGCUGUGAUUUCUGAUUGUAAAUUAAGAAUAGGCUAUAGCCAGAACAAUCAAAAAGCGGUGUUUGGAAAGAUGGCAAUCUUAAAUUUAAACUUGAAUGCGGCAUCAACUUUAGCAGGGGAAAGAUGUUUAAGGCAGUCCUUAAUGUGGACCAUACACUCUCAAGUUUUACAACUCAAUCAAAUAGUCUCAAUAUGUUUACAAGAAUCAGUACUACCCUGAAACACUAAGUAUCUGUACAAAUGGCUGAGCCCAUACUUUCUCUCUGUUGCAUGCAAAUGAUGUGUCUAGUGAAACUCUUCAGCGUUUAUACCCAUGUCCAUUUCAUGUUGGAGACAUUCGUUUCAGCACCUGGCCCUGUCGCAUUCCAAUACCUGGUUGUUUCAGUAUGGACACCUGUACUGCCAUUUGUCUACAAAGCUGUUUCCAGGCAGCCUGACGAGACAGCAAAUGUCACUUAAAGUGAGGAGGCAAACAUCAUCGCUUGUCUUUAUUUUUAUAUUUUAUAUAAGCCUUAAUGUACAGCGUGUAAGCUGCUCUAUUGUAAAGUAUCUUUAUAUACAUAUGUAUCUAUUGGUUGAUUUAUUUUGGUCCACAGAUAUUCAUCUCUAAGUUGUUCAUCAAUCAUUGAAUGCAGUUACUAUGCUUUUUUGGAACACAACUAAUUGCCAUUUGUUUGUUUAUUCUUUUAAUAAUGUAUUAAGAAUUUUAUUUGCUAAAAAUGAGCUAUCGUUGCUUGUACCUUUGUACACAUAUUUAUAUUUAAAUAAAACCAUU